AUGAGUGGUUGGCCAAGAGGUUUAGCAUUCGAGACACAUGGAUACCAGCGUACUUUAUGGAUAUAUCUCUAGCAGGCAUUCUUCGAACCACUUCAAGAUCAGAAAGUGCAAAUUCUUUUUUUAACCGCUUCAUUCAUCGAAGGCUCGCUUUUGUUGAGUUUUGGCUGAGGUUUGACACAGCUUUAGAAUGCCAACGUGAGGAAGAAUUAAUGGCAGACAACAGAAGCAUACAUACCACCCCUCAACUAUUUACACCAUGGACAAUGGAGAAACAAGGUAGUGAGGUAUUCACAUAUGAGGUGUUCGAGAAACUUCAGCUACAGAUUAUUGCUGCUAGAGACCAUUGUUUUGUUCAGAGUAUUACACAAGGUGUGGGGGUAAAAAAUGUGACCCUGAGAGGUCGGUCUGGUAAAGUUAGGGAGGUUUGCUAUGACACUACAAGCAUGACAGCAAACUGUUCGUGCAAGUUGUUUGAGUCAGUCGGUUUUCCAUGUCGCCAUAUUAUCCAAGUGUUGAGGAUUGAAAACCAAAAUGAGCUUCCCAGCCACUACAUUAUGAAAAGAUGGCAGAAGAGGUGCAAAAGGGAGAAUGUUUAUGAUGAACAGGGAAACCUACUAGAAGAAAAACCCACGGAUGCACUGGAUGCGGCCACGAGAAAGAAGAUUUCAACUGUACGCAAUAAGAUGGAAGAACUUAUUCAAAAGGCGAAGCAUUCAGAUGAAGGCAUGGACUUCUUAACAUCAAGUGUUUUGAACAUUGAGGCGCCUUUGGACCAAAUGGUCCCUGCAGCUACCCAAAGCACUAGGCAAGAGGAAUAUGAGGCUUUUAUUGGUUGCAAUAUUCCAACCGAAGUUCAUAUACAUCCGCCAACGGAUGUUCGUACCGUGGGAAGAUGCAAAAGAAUAAAGCAAGGAAAGGAGAUUAAGGAGGGGGAUCGGAAAAAUAAGGACAAAGAAGGGAAGGUAAAGGUCGCACGCUUGUGCAAGACGUGCAAGCAAAUGGUGUUUCAUGAUAGUCGUAAUUGUCCAAGCAAAAAAGGGAAAGGGAGUGUGAUUGUGCAAGAUAUGCAGCCAAAUAGUGCUUCCUGAUACAACAAGUUGUCCAAGCAAAGAAUAAAUUUAUCUAUGUUAUCAUGUACACUUUGGUGUACUGAAUUCAUGUAAUGGAUCAGAAUUUGUGUUAUGUCAAAAAAAAAAAUCUUGAUUUAUGACAAGUUUAAUGCUUGUCAAAUGGCUACAGAAUCUAGAAA